AUGGAUUCAUUCCACAGUGGCAUGUACCCACCCGAUGAGGAGCAGGAUGGCGUUAUGGUAGAUUCUUGCCUCUCACAAGAAACCGUGAGAGGAAGUUCCUUUGAAAUGUCUCAGCAAGAUAUGCCUCAAGGCAUGGGUUGUACUGGACACUACCCAGAAUCAUACGAGACCGCGUCCGACCACUAUGAUCCGAGCAACCCUGCCUACACUGUCACAACGGAGACCAGCUGGACGGGCAUGGAUCCGUUCGGCUCCGGCUCUCUACCUUACGAAGAGCUGACACUGUCAGGUCCUCCUGUUUCACAGGAGGUGGAGCUGCGUGGAAUUACCGGCGGCUCCGAAAUUGAUCUUGACCCAUUUCUUAAUGAAAUGGAGACGGAGUUGUCCCCCACUUCACCUUUCCGUGGCCGGAAUAUCGAGACAAGUGCUAUGAUGGGGUUGACUGGCGAUGAUACUCAGCCAAGUGUCUCGCGUCAGCCAAGACCGGUGGAUGGCCUAGUACAGUCUCUUGGGCGUGUUGCUGAUUUCUCCCGCAAUAUUCAAUCAAACAUUGAAUGCACUCCGAAUCAGCUGCGCCAGGCGAUACUAAGCCUGACCCAUCUCACCGAUCAUGCGAAUGUUCUUCUUCGGAAGCAUGAUACUUCCUUGAUCGCACCGGAGCCUCCUCGUUCAGCGCCGUCAUCUACAGAGUCUAUAACCGUUACCAGAUACAAAUGCUGGGAUUGCAACAGUUUUGACACUGGUAACAGAGGUAGCUUCACCCGUCACGUUGAUAGCAUGCAUUACCCAAAAUGCAAGUUCUUCUGCCCCGUAUGUGGGGCUGAGAAAUCCAGAAGAGACCACGCCAGAGACCAUGUGUCGAUUGUCCACGGAAGACAGGCCACCAAUGAGGAACUCGAUGCCAACAAAAUCGAUAAUGCUUGUCCAGUUCAAUGCCCCAUCUGUCGUGUUACCCUCAACUCGUGGCGAGAAUUUCAAAAUUGCUACUGUGCCCACUGUUCCUAUGACGUUCCCCCAAAGCCCACGACUGCAUCUCGACGUGGAAGCGCCGACCGAGGGGACGGAGGAAGAGGGGAUGAGUUCAGGAACAGCCAGCCUGUGGAGGGUACUGGCAUGAGAAACCAUGCGCCAGCUCAAUCACAAAGUGGGUUGCUAAGGGGUACCACCGAUCGGGGUGUCUAUCCUCCUUCCUUCUCGGGGGCGAGUGGACUAACGAACCAGAUUCCACGGCCCCAGGCUUUACCUCGUCUGCCGACGAAUGCCCGGGUUACAGAUAACACCGGCACGGCCCUGUUACCAGCCAAUGUGCCACGCUCCCCUCAAACCACGAGACGCUCUAUACCAGGUGAUGGUAUCUAUCGAAUCGAUCGGAAUUACCGACUUGGUGGUCCAAAUCGGUUUACACCGGACCAAAGAGCACGAACACCCAGGGGAGAGCCCGACCCAGGCUGCACACGAUGUCUGCACCGCUUCAGCAGCUGUCAACACCCACAGUGCCUCCGUCAAACCGAAUCAAGUGAAUCUUGCCAUGCAUGCCCGCAUCGUCCCAGGAUUUUGGCCAGCAUUGGACUGUACCCUAGGCCACAGCUAACUGGCCCACCCCAUAACAAUGAGACAAUCGAUCCGUCUCUACUUGCCCCAGGAUACCAGCCACAGCCGGCUACUGGCCAAAACACACAAGAGCAGCUUCCAUCCUGGAAUCGGCAAUUCAGAGAUCAAUUACAAGGGUGGCGCUUCAAUAAUGGCAUGGGAUCGAAUUUCACAGGCACGCGAAGGCGCCACCCCAGGAACAACCGCAGAGUUCUGGCGGUGACGAGUAUUGACGAGCCUAUUUUCAGCGAGCAAGAGGUGGCACUACCAUCGGUUCUUGACCUCAAGGCAGCCCAGCAGCAUGGCGCACUACUCAAAAUGCUGCCCAUGAUGAACCCGUUGAAGACAUGGUUCUCCAAGCCGCUAAAAGACCUUAGCUCAGUAUCCCUGAGUGGCCUUGACUUCAUUACCCAGUUCAACAAGCCUCCCAGCGCAAGUCCCCAGGCCAACCCUAGUUGCCAGUGCAAGUGUGCCUGUCGGGCCAGAGCACGAGCGCAGCUAGCUUCGGGCGGGCAAGUCGAGAUGAAGUUCAAGCUGCACCCCGAGUAUCGCGGAACCAGUCAUCUCCGCAGCCGAGUGGAGGUCAUGCUGAAGCUUUUAAAGCUGCGCUCAUCUGCGGCCCAGUCCAAGUCGAAGAGAGAGGAAGCCAAAGCGGCGAUGGCACGGGCUUUCGAGCCGGUUUUGGUCGAUCGCCCCUAUGAUGAGUCUGAUGUUUCGGAUGAAUCUGAUACCGAGUCGGUAUUUGAUGAAGACGAAGAUGAUGCAUGGUCCAGUUCUUCUUCUUGCCCGGAUCUUACGUCCCUUGUUCCCGCCGAGCCGGGAUCGUCUGACUGUCCGGAUAUUUCAUCUGAUGACUCGCUGCUCCCUCUUGACGGCAAUGAAUAUGAAGGGGAAGGUGAUGACAGUAUCCUGAUUCAAUUUGAUUUCGAUCUGCAAUCGGCCCUUUCCAAGCUGUCCAAAUGGACGGGUGGGUCUUCUCGUGAUAUCGCUUCUGAUAUGUGCAUCUCCGAUCCAGGCCGUGUCUUUGAAUACCUCACCGCAUACAUUUUGUAUGUGAUCAUGUCAUUGGCCCGCUCGCGAGACUGUGGUAAUCCGCGUUUGGGCAAUUAA